AUGCCCACCAUGUUCAACCUCUACGAUAACUACUACCACACCAUGUCCAACGCCUACCUCUACACGAGGUCCGACAACUACUACCACACCAUGUCCAACGCCUACAUCUACACGAGGUCCGACAACUACUACCACACCAUGUCCAACGCCUACAUCUACACGAGGUCCGACAACUACUACCACACCAUGUCCAACGCCUACAUCUACACGAGGUUCGACAACUACUACCACACCAUGUCCAACGCCUACAUCUACACGAGGUUCGACAACUACUACCACACCAUGUCCAACGCCUACAUCUACACGAGGUCAGACAACUACUACCACACCAUGUCCAACGCCUACAUCUACACGAGGUCCGACAACUACUACCACACCAUGUCCAACGCCUACAUCUACACGAGGUCAGACAACUACUACCACGCCAUGUCCAACGCCUACAUCUACACGAAGUCCGACAACUGCUACGACACCUUCCAAAAAACACCAGAAUUUAUUUUGUCGAGAUUUUGA